AUGGAAUCAGGCACUGGCGCAGCAAACGACGAUUUGAGUACAACGUUGAUGAGCAUGACGACGAUCCAACUAAAACAGGAACUCAAGAAACGAAAACUAAAGACGGCUGGACUGAAAAGCGAGCUUAUCGCAAGACUGUUGCCGUUUAUGCAACUCGAACGCGAACACGGUGAAACAGAGCAUGACGACGAUAAUCCAGUGACUCAAGUGAUGAAGAUGAGGCACCAAUCGAAAGAAGAUUUAAGAAAAGAAACCCGAAGAAACCAAUUAUUGACGUUCAGAGAUGUUGAAGAAUCCCUGGAAACAUUCAGCGGAGAUGACAGAACCAACGUGAAAAGAUGGAUCAAAGAUUUUAAAGAAAUGGCGGUAUUGUGCGAGUGGUCCGACAUCCAGAAGGUAGCAUACGCGAAGCGCCUUCUUCGCGGUUCAGCGAAGCUAUUCGUAAAUUAUGAAAAGUGUACGAAGACGUGGAAAAAAUUACGGCGAGCAUUAAUAGAAGAAUUUGCCAACAUUGUAAAUGGUCACGCAGUGCAUCAGGAGUUAUCACGACGAAAGAAGACAUCCGACGAGUCAUACCAAGCGUACAUAUACAAAAUGCUCGAGAUCGCAGCACAAGCUGAUGUGGAUACGCAAUCGGUAAUCCAAUACAUUAUCGAGGGUAUCCAAGACGACGCAGUUAAUAAGACAGUAUUACAUGGAGCAAAAACGAUACGCGAAUUGAAGGAAAGAUUCACUCGAUACGAAGCUAUAAAAAUGGAGGGAAAAUCAAAGAUGAGGCAGUCGAAACUGGAGGAGAAGAAGAAGAUGAUCCGAGGCGACGCGGGUCCGAUGGAGGCGAAGAGAUGUUUCAACUGCGACAGUAAGGACCAUCUGGGUAAAGCGUGCCCGACGAAAGACAGAGGUGUCAAGUGUUUCAAGUGCAAUCAAUAUGGACACAUCGCUAAAUUGUGUAAAGUAGCCGUAAGUACACAGAAGGAAACCGCAUGUAUAGCCAUUAAGGAUCCGCAGCAGAAACAGAUCAAAGAAAUAAGAAUUUCAAAUCAAUGUUUCGUUGUUCAGCGUUAUAGACACCGCUAGCGAUUUAAGUUUGAUUAAUCGAGAUUGUUACAAGAAGUUAGGUUGUCCCGAAUUAAAUAAUGGCAUAAAUUUUAACGGCUUAGGCGCGAUAAAUAAUAGCACGCGCGAUUCCUUCACAACAAAUAUUGUUAUUGAU